GAGAGACGAUUCAGAGAAAGGAGAAGGAGAGAAAUCGAAAUGGGUGAUCAAGGAAGAGGUUUCCUAAGGAGAUGCAGAUGUGGUGAACUAGUGAGGAUGGGCACAUCAAAGACGGCUAAAAACCCUGGAAGAUUGUUUCACUCUUGUUCUAAUGGAUCAGAUGAGAGUCGAUGGUAUCACACGUUUAAAUGGACUGAUGAGUGUAUGGUUGAAGAGAUUGAGGAUUUGAAGUUGAAAAUGAAUAAUGUGGAAGAAGAUUCAAUGGCUCUACAAAAGAAUGUCAAUGCUUGUGAGUCAGAGAUUGAAAGUCUACAAAUGGAAACUUGUGUUUGUGAAGUUGUGGUAGAAAAGGAGAUGCAAGAGUGCAAAAUGGAGCUUCGUAGCUUGAAGAAUAUGGUCGGAUGUGCUGUGGUGAUGAUUUUGAUUUACAUGUUUAUGUUUUGAGGUCUUUGUUUGUAAUGGUUGUGUUGACAUGUUUUCAGGGUCUUUGUAAGUUAGUUGUGUUGAAAUUAAGCUUGUUUGUAGGAAACUUUUAUGUAUGAGAUGAAGCUAAUUAAUUGAUCAUGUUGUAAUGGAAGAGAUUUGAGUAGCA